AGAACGAACGAAAGCUUUGACACAAGCCGAUGUGUUACUAUGAAAUAGAUUAGUUCACGUGAAUGAUGCGAAUUUGCACGGAAAAUAUGUGUAUUGAUGGGGUUACAUGAAAGACAAAGGGUUCUAACAGCGAUGGCAAAAGAUGAGGUUCGCACUGGAACUUACCGCCAGCUUUUCCACCCUGAGCAACUUAUCACUGGCAAAGAGGAUGCUGCUAACAACUAUGCCCGUGGACAUUACACUGUCGGAAAAGAGUUGAUCGAUCUGGUGCUUGACAGAAUCCGUAAACUGGCCGAUCAAUGUACUGGUCUCCAAGGUUUUUUAAUCUUCCAUUCUUUCGGUGGUGGCACGGGAUCUGGAUUCUCCUCACUUUUGAUGGAACGUCUGUCUGUUGACUACGGCAAGAAAUCCAAGCUGGAGUUUGCCAUCUACCCAGCUCCUCAGAUCUCCACCGCUGUGGUUGAGCCCUACAACUCCAUCCUGACCACCCACACAACCCUGGAGCACUCUGACUGUGCCUUCAUGGUAGACAACGAGGCCAUCUAUGACAUCUGCCGCCGUAACCUGGACAUCGAGAGACCCACCUACACCAACCUGAACCGUCUUAUGGGUCAGAUUGUGUCCUCAAUCACUGCCUCCCUGCGCUUCGAUGGUGCCCUGAAUGUGGAUCUGACUGAGUUCCAAACCAACUUGGUGCCCUACCCUCGUAUCCACUUCCCUCUAGCCACAUAUGCCCCAGUCAUCUCUGCUGAGAAGGCCUACCACGAGCAACUGAGCGUUGCUGAGAUCACCAAUGCCUGCUUUGAGCCUGCCAACCAGAUGGUGAAAUGUGAUCCACGUCACGGCAAGUACAUGGCCUGCUGUAUGCUUUACCGUGGUGAUGUCGUCCCCAAGGAUGUCAAUGCUGCCAUUGCCACAAUCAAGACCAAGAGAACCAUCCAGUUCGUUGACUGGUGCCCCACUGGAUUCAAGGUCGGCAUCAACUACCAGCCACCUACUGUUGUCCCUGGCGGUGACCUGGCCAAGGUGCAGCGUGCUGUGUGCAUGUUGAGCAACACCACAGCCAUUGCCGAGGCCUGGGCUCGUCUGGAUCACAAGUUCGAUCUGAUGUACGCAAAGCGUGCCUUUGUCCACUGGUAUGUGGGUGAGGGUAUGGAGGAAGGAGAGUUCUCUGAGGCUCGUGAGGAUCUGGCAGCUCUUGAGAAGGAUUACGAGGAGGUCGAGGUCGGUGUUGACAGUGUUGAGGGGGAAGGUGAAGAAGAGGAGGGAGAGGAAUACUAAUUUCAAGGAAUUUCAUGAACUCAAAAUUGUAAAUCGUACCCAAAUUGAUUUUUUUAAACAGAAUUGAGCAAACACAUUGUUACUUUUCUAUCAAUCACAAUAAAAGGCUAAUGAAA